AUGGCUCCAGGUCUCGUUGACACUCCGCCUGCCGUCCCUGGCCCCGUUGACACGGGCAGCCUCAAGGCCCAGGUUACUGUCAACGAAGUGGACAGUGCAGACAAGCCUCCUGUUGCUGAUGACUUUAUGUACGACUUCAAGUACAAUCACGCCCUUCCCACUUCAGACGUUCUUGCAGCUGAGAUUCCUGCCGACUGUGAUGCUCGAAAGACGGCCGAGGGUAUCGUGGCUCGUCUCGCAGAGGUGAUGGGGGCUGGAAAUGCGCAGGCAUUCACAGAUAUGUUCUUGGAAUACGGCGUCUGGCGCGAUAAGUUAUCGUUCACCUGGGACUACCGCACCUUCAACUUCCAGCCCGCGAUCCUGAAGGCCGCCAGCGACCUCUUCCCCCAAACCAGGGCUUCCAACUUCCAGUUCCUCACGCCAGCGCCAAAAGUCUCCCGUCCAUACCCGGACUUCUCCCAGCUGCAGUUUAUAGUGUCCUUUGAAACAGAACUCGUUUUGGCGUCGGCUGUCAUCAACGCGGUGCUCACCAAGGAGGGCUGGAAGAUCUAUACCAUGCACACCGUUGCAGAAACGCUGAAGCAAUUCCCUGAGGUCCCUCCUGCUGAUGGCCAUAUGACCGGCCUUAUUGGUUGGGAGACGCAGAGGGCUAAAGAUGUCGACGCCGCUGAUCCGCAGGUCCUGAUUAUCGGUGGUGGUCAAAACGGACUCGCGCUAGCUGCUCGAUGUAGGGCACUCGGCCUGAACAGUCUCAUUAUCGAGCGGAACGAGUCUGUCGGUGAUAUAUGGAAGAAGCGUUAUGAGUAUCUGUCACUGCACUUCCCUCACUGGGCUGACGACUUGCCCUACGUUCCAUACCCUAAACAGUGGCCGACAUACACACCCGCCUACAAACAAGGCCUCUACAUGGAAUGGUACGCCUCAGCGCUAGAGCUGAACAUCUGGACCAAAUCGUCCAUCGUCAAAGCCGAACAAGACGACCAAAACAACUGGACCAUAGUGGUUAACAAAGAAGGCAAAGAAACCCGAACCCUGCACCCCAGCCAGGUAGUCAUGGCCACCUCACUCUGUGGCAUCCCCAUGACCCCCAACAUUCCCGGGAUGUCCGACUUCAAGGGCACAAUCCGCCACUCAAGCACCCACGACAGCUCACGAGACUUCAUCGGCAAAAAAGUCUGCGUCGUCGGCACCUCCUCCUCAGGCUUCGACACCGCAUUCGACUGCUCCAGACGUGGAAUCGAGGUAACCCUCCUCCAGCGCUCCCCAACCUACAUAAUGUCCCUCACGCACUCCGUCCCCCGCACAAUCGGCACCUACGCACCAGACGCCCACGGCAACAGACCCAGUCUCGAGGAGCAAGACCGUCUCUUCUUCGCCACCCCCACUGGACCAGGCGAGGAGCUUGCCCGCCGCAAUGCCCAAGCCCUAGAAGAUCUAGACCGCCCGCUCCUGGACGCGCUGCACGCCCGCGGUCUCCGCACCUGGCGCGGCCAGCGCGGCACAGGAGGCGCAACGCUGGGCCAGACAAGGAACGGCGGGUUCUAUUUCGACGCUGGGGCGUGCGAGCACAUUAUCGACGGGAAGAUCAAAGUGGAACGGGGCUACAUCGAGCGGUUUUCGUCGGAUAGUACUAGUACUAGUACUAACAAGGUUAUCCUGGAUGGGGGUCGGGAGCGCGAAUUCGACCUUGUUGUCUUUGCGACGGGGUUCUCGAAUUCGAUUGACUCUGUGCGGGCGACGCUUGGGGAUGAGAUUGCGGAUCGGUGUGGUCCUAUCUGGGGGAUUGAUGAAGAGGGGGAAUUUAGGACUGCGUAUCGUGAGACGGGCGUGGACGGGCUUUGGAUUAUGGUGGGUUAUCUCCCGUAUACGCGGUUCCAUUCGAAGUUGCUGGCGAUGCGGCUGAAGGCGCUGAAGGAGGGUAUCUCGCCGGCACCGUAUAAAGAGUAG